UUAGAGAGGUUGUCACAUUUAAAAUGAAGAAAGACCUUUCAUUGAGUGGUAGUCGCAGUGUUCAUUUUAGACGCUCCGCUUCGCAUCUCACAAAGGUUUAUCCUGUAACAAUGAGGGCACUGAUAUUUUCGUCAUGCAUCAUCCUGAUCAUCGCCAAUUCCUUGGCAGAGGCUGCUGUUGCAUCAAUACCUCAGAGGGAACUAACGCCUAAUGACGUUGAAGAUCCAAACAUGCAUUUAUUUGAAAAAGGACCGUUUGAUGGAGGAAAUGGCUUGCGUGGGCCAAGAAAAGGAAGAAGAGAUAUCGACGUCAUACCACAGAGUGAACUGAAGUCUCGCGACGUAACAGAUCCAGUCGCGCAGAAAUACAGAACAAGAGAGCUACCUGGUGGUGGAACUGGGAGAGGACCAAGAAAAGAUGAGCGGUUUUGGCCAUGGCAAAGGGAUGACAAAAAAGAUGAUCGACUUUGGCCCUGGAAAAGCGACACAGAAAAAGAAACCGCGGGCGAGUAAGACGAAGACGACGAUUCCAGGGGUUCGACGUGAACAUGUUAAAGAGCAAUGUGACGUAGAACCACCGGGUGGAUUGUAGAGAUAAACUAGAAGCAACUUGAGAAAAAUAGAAACUAGAAACGAAGCAAAAACGUUUAAUAAAAGUCAAAGUGGCGUUAACGCUUA